AUGUACCGGGUAGCUGAGAUAUUGGAAAAUACGAACCUUCAACAGUGGCGGUGGGUACCCUCACGACUCAACCCUGCAGACCUCGCAACUAAGCAAGAAUCCAAAGUGGACAGCGACACGUGGAUCAACGGACCUCAUUUUUUGAAAGCCGAUGAAAACGAUUGGCCUAACCGUAAAGACUUUGGUCCAAUCGAUGACAGCGUCGAAAUUAGACAUCACGUUCUACACAUACAUAUAGCUAAGCAGCAAUUGGUGGUAAUGAACACCGAAUAUUUUUCGAGUUGGAGACGAUUGUACCGUGCUGUAGCUACGUUCAUCCUGUAUAAAAAGACGCUACAAGCGAAAGUUCAUUCACUGUCUCCGCCCGGCAAAGUCAACUUUGAAAUGAUAGAAAUGGCAAAGGCGUUCCUUAUGAGCAAGCGCAGCUCAGCGAAUUCAUGCAAGAUUUGA